CCAGCAUUCCGGCUAAGGGAGAUAGCCUACGGGGGUUUGGGAGUACGCGUCUUUUGCAGCAUCUGCGUCCAUGGGGGCUGGGUUGAGGGAGGCUUAAAAGCAAGGCUGUUUAGUUCGAAUAAAGUUAUUCGACUGCAGUUUACUGACUGCGUGAGCACACCGCUACAACGUGUUUUUAUCGCUAUUAAUAUACGUCACCACUGCCAAUACCUGACACCCGCCAGUGCGCGAUUUUUUUAAUUUUUCGAUCCAAGGUAAGCCAACUAUGGAGAAUUCUAAAAAAAGAAAAGUGACUGAAGAAAACAGAACGUUUAAUGAUACGUGGACAGAUUCAUUUGCUUUCACUGUUGACGAGACUGGUUUACCGGUAUGCUUAAUAUGCAAUGAGAAACUAGCAAACAACAAAAAGUCAAAUGUCGCAAGGCAUUUCCAGAAUAAACACGCAGCCUUUGCUCAAAAAUAUCCGGAUGGAGAUGAGAGAAAAAAAGCCGUUUCGGAACUGAUGCGGAAGUUUGAUCUGAGCAAAAAUCAUUUCCAGAAAUGGAUGAAGUCUGGAAAAUCAACGACAUACGCCAGUUAUAUUGCCGCUCAGGAAAUAGUCAGGCACGGGAAGCAGUUUACAGAUGGUGAAUAUAUAAAAGAAUCUUUCAUUAAGAUUUCAGAACAUCUAUUCACGGACUUUAAAAACAAGAGUGAAAUUGUGCAGAAAAUCAGGGAUAUGCCCCUCUCUGCAAAGACUGUCAAAGACAGAACCAUAAAAAUGGCAGAAGACAUCACAAGACAGCAAAUUAAAGACAUCAAUUCAGCUGUGGCCUACUCGAUUGCCUGUGACGAGUCUAAAGACAAAGGUGAUAUUGAACAAAUAGCGUUGUUCUGCCGGUAUGUAAACUCUGCCGGGCCACAGGAAGAACUGAUUGAGUUGAUACCUCUAAAAGACCAAACACGGGGGGAGGACAUCUGUGAGGCUGUCUUGAAUUGUUUAAGAGCCAAAGGAAUAAAGACCACCCAUCUGGUGUCAGUAGCUACUGAUGGGGGCACCGAAUAUGACGGGAACGCACAAGGGAAUUGUGGCUUUACUGCAGAAGUCGCUGGACAGAAAGCUGCUGACUUUUCACUGCAUCUUGCACCAAGAGGCACCGUGCGCUCAAACAUUUCCUCCGGAAUGCACAGAAGUAAUGGAUGUUGUCAUUCAGAUUGUCAAUAAAAUAAUGGCAAAAAGUUUAAAUCACCGUCAAUUCCGUUUGUUACUGGACGAGCUGGAAAUUGCAUAUUCUGAUCUCCUGCUGCACAACAAAGUCUGAUGGUUGUCCAGGGGGGAGGUGCUGAAACGCUUUGUCGCGUGUCUGGAAGAAGUGAAAACUUUCCUGGGCAGCAAAGGGCUCAACUUUCCUGAGCUGGAACAGCCAGAGUGGCUGGAAAAGCUACACUUCAUGGUAGACAUGACAGCGCACCUGAACACGCUGAACACAUCUCUUCAACGGGGUAAGGACGUACAGCCCUGCACAUGUUGGAGGAUGUUUUGGCAUUCGAGCGCAAGUUGACGUUGCUUGCCAGAGAUUUACAGAAAGGCACAUUGUCUCACUUCCCCAAUUUGAGAGAGUUCAAACAAGGUCACGACAUGAUAAAUUCGGAGUAUUUACAUUCUGCAAUCAUCGCAAUGCAAACAUCGUUUGGGAAACGCUUCUGUGAGUUCAGAGAGGAAAAAAACACAUUAUCCUUCCCGGUCACUCCCCUAAGCAUCGAUCCAUCCCUACUAAAUACGACUGCAUUGUCAGGUGUGAGUCAACCUGAACAAGUUGACAGCUGGCUGACGUUAUUUUUGGUUUGCUGCUGGCGGCAAAUUUAAGUUUGGCGUUUUUCAUAAAUACAAGAAGGACUCAAAUAGACGUUGAGUAUUUUACUUAAAAGUAACCUUCAACCCAACGUCUUUUUUUCGGAGUUCAAAAUGUUUUUGUUGCAUGCAGAAAUGUAAUUUCAUUUUCUCUGCAGGAGUUCAUCAAUUUCAUAAAUGCAACACAUUAUAGUUUGUUUAUACAUAGCAUAAAGGCAAAACAAAACGUUGUAUGCAGUGUUAUUUCAUUUUAAAUGUCAAGCGGGUUUUGCGGCUCCCAGUGUUUUCUUUUCUGUGGGAAACGGGUCCAAGUGGCUCUUUCAGUGGUAAAGGUUGCCGACCCCUGGUAUAGUAAAAAGCCAAAGCAAAAAGAGUAAGGGACAAAAUUGGUCCUCUGAUAGAUCAGUGUGCUAAUCUAUGCAUGCAGCUGAAAUAGAUGGGUGAGAUCUUAAAUGGAUUUUUGCAUUUCUAUUUACUCAGGAGACAGACACGGAGUCUAUAGGUGUGAGACAAAACAGCAACGAGGCCACAGACCCCAUGCAGAUUACAGGCAAGGGGGUGCUUGGUGUCUUGAGGCAAAUGAGGGUGGAUAGAUUCCCAGGGCCUGACAAUGAGUUCUGUCAGACCUUGUGGGUGGGUAGUGCAGAAACUGCAGGGAACAUCCUUAGCCACAGCUAAGGUGCCGGAGUCCGGGAUUGUAGGAUAACUACUGUUGUUCCAUUGUUUGAGAAAGGCUCUAAGAAUAAUCCAGUAAAUUAUAGACCUGUGAGUCUGACAUCAGUGGUGGUAAAGUUAUUGGAAGGAAUUCAAAAGGGUCGGGAUAUAUAAACAUUUGUGAGACAGGAACUGAUCAGGAAUAGUCAACAGAUCUGUGCACAGUAAGUUGUGUCUCACCAAUCUUAGAGUUUUUCG